AUGAGACCCAACUAUACGGUGAAUACAGCUUCUAUUCACGAUUUUCAGCUGGAAAUAACCAGCCGGAAUUUGGGCGCUCCUUCACAUCUAGCUGGGACAAUCGAGCGUGUUAUCAAACGUCCCAUCGGUCAGACACACAUCCCGUUUACCAACCUCCUCGACUCGGAGCUUAGCAACAGUGUUGCUGCACUCCUCUUGACACCGCUUCACGGAUGGAUCGGACUCCUGAGACCGUCUUUCACGGCGGCGUCCAACUUGGCGACAGCUGAACCUAAUUCUGACCUUUCGGCGACCCAUUUUGCCACGUCAGAGUACGACCGGCCUAUCCACAGGCCGGACGUCAUGCAACCGGACAUUCAACAGAAAUGCAACUUCAAGCCGGACUCGGGUCUGGCUGGGCCGUUUGUGGAACAGGAUCAAGACGAAAUCACACUGAAGACAACCGGUUGCUGUGAAAGAGCCGAUCAUAACAAGUGGGGCAGGCGAAUUGUGCGAUCAUCGCCGCGGAGAAGAUGGAGGCAACACAUGCGCCGCUGCCAGCACGGGGCAGCAAGAAAGCCGGAUUGGAAGCAGUGGAACACACAUUUUUUCAACUGUUAUACCAACCUACGCUCGACUAAAUAA